GCGCUAGCUUAAUCAGUUUUCUGUGCAGCAACAGCAGCAGCAUGGGUGACAUGGAUAAAUGGCCAGAAAUUGAAAAAGCAGCGACAGAGAAGAGGCGUGAACUUGUUUUACAGGGCACUGUUGUUGACAAGAGAAUCUCCUCAAACGGGGGGCUCACCUCGGCCAUCUAUGCCCUGCAGUUGCUGAAUUAUCUGGAAGUUAGCCAGUGCCCGAGUUUGACAGCGAUCCACGAGGACAUCCAAAAUCUGACCAACCUCCAAAGCCUCAUCCUCUGUCGAAACAAGCUUACCUUUUUCCCGAAUACCAUCGGCAGCCUCAAGUCACUAAAGGUCUUAGACCUUUCAGUCAACAAUCUCAAAGCUCUACCAGAGGAAAUCACUCAGUUAAGAGAGUUGAACUCUCUUAAUGUAAGCUGUAACAGCUUGGAGGUCCUACCGGAUGGGCUAAGCCAGUGCACCAAGCUCUGCACCAUCAACGUCUCCAAGAACCGCAUCACUGGUUUCCCUCCUGAUCUGUACUCUGAGCGGUUGGAUCUCCUCAGCACCGUGGUGGCCUCUGAUAACCUAAUCGAAGAGCUAAGUGGAGAGAUUUGCAAGCUGUCAGCUCUAAAGGUGCUGGACAUCUCCAAUAACAAGCUGAGUGAGAUACCCUCAGAUUUGAGCUACUGCCCCAAGUUAAAGGAGAUCAACUUUAAAGGCAACAAGCUGACUGACAAACGUCUGGAGAAGAUGGUCAACGGUUGUCAGACCAAGUCCAUCCUAGAUUACCUCAGAGGAAAAGGCAGAGGAAGACAGGGGGAGGAUGGCGGUGAUGCUGAUGGAGGGCGCAAUGCUGAGAAGAAGAAAAGGCAGCAGCAGAGGAAGAAGAAAGACAAGGUGGCAGAGGAGCAGGAAGAUGUGGAGGAACUGAAUAAGAUGGUGGUGAGGGUCCUCCACAUUUCAGAUGCACCUACAGCCCUCACAGUCAAAGUGAGUGCAGAAGUGAAAGAUGUUCGACCGUACCUGGUGUGCUGCAUGGUCAAAGGCAUGAACCUAAAGUCUGGGAAUGCUCUCAAACGCUUCUUGAUGGCUCAGACGAAGCUCCAUGAUGAUUUAUGUGGUAAAAGGACCAUUGCAACCAUUGCAACUCAUGAUGUGCAACUUCUCAAAGGUCCUCUGGUAUAUGACGUCAAGCCACCUACCCAGCUGAAGAUUGUGCCACUGGGUCGGAGGGAGAUGACGGCCGUCGAGCUAAUAAGGCUGCUUCAUUUAGAGGCUGAUGAGCUGAGGAAGCAGAAGAAGAGGCAGAAUGUCACAGGCCUCCACAAAUACCUGCAGCUUCUGCAAGGAAAAUCACUCUAUCCCUGCCUUGUUGACGCAGAGGGACAUGUGAUCUCAUUCCCACCAAUCACCAACAGUGAGAAAACCAAGAUCAAGAAGACAACCACAGAGUUGUUUUUAGAGGUGACGAGUGCUACCAGCCUGCAGACCUGCAAAGAUAUAAUGGACGCUCUUAUUGUGAAAAUGGCUGAGUUGAACAAGUUCACAGCUGAACAUCAGGAGGAGGCGGUCUCAGACGGGGAGGAUGAUGGUGCACCGGAGCCAGCCCCCAGCAGCGAAAUCUCCAGCCAACUGAUCAUCCAACAGGUCCGAACCACCGACCAAGACGGGAACCUGAAAGUUGUCUACCCAUCGAAGACAGACCUCUCCAAAGAAAUCGGCAAUUUGACCGUCAUUUGGUAGUCGUGUUUUGGAUAAUAUUUACAUCCAUUUCCAUGCAACAUUAAGGCAUUUUGAUAGACUAAUCGUCUGGAGAUUAGGUUUUAUUAAAAGACUUUCUUGUAGUUCAGAUACCAUCAUCCAGUGGCUUAAUUGUAAGGAAAUUUAAAGCGUGGUUUACCAAAUGUGCACAUUUUUGUUUACUGUUUAGCUUUUUUCCAUCACAUGUCAGCUAAAGCUUUAAGAAAUAGUUGAGGAACUUCCUGGGAGGAUGCUAGGCAUAAAACACUUUGCAGAUAUCUUUUGUCCUACAGCUCUGCAAUUUCCCUUUAAACAUGCACCAAUAAUACCUAAGUAGGGUUUAAUAAACUUUACUUGUGAUUAAAUGA